CUCAAGGGAAAUAUUUGACAUUGAUUGUGACAAAAACAUACGUUAAUGGUACGCAAUUUACUUCAAAAUUCACAAAUUUUAUUCGUUAGAGAUGCAACAGAUUUUGUUGCCUUAUAAAAUAGAAAUAUGGAAGGUGUCGUAAAGUGUUUUGUCUUCAUGGUAUUCAUAUUUCAUACCAAAAAUGUUCUCUCCACUGUAUAUUUUUCUGGAGAAAUGGAAGAAACGUACCACAAUAGUUCCAAGUAUUGUGAAAAUAUGGGAGGAAAGCUCCUUGGAUAUGGAGAAUUGCUUAUUAAAAUUGCAGAAACGUGUUCUUCACUGUCUAGUUGGACAGCAACUCCAUGGUAUAACCGUAAAAUUGGGUGUUUUAUUGGAGUGAAUAUACUAAGAGAGACACAAGACGGAAAAGAAAAUAAGCAUUUGGCAAUGUGUGCUGAUUUCUGCGCCGAUUCUAACUUUACAUCUAUUGGAUUAUGGACAACAAAAUGUCAAUGUUAUGGAGAAACCCAAAUACUUGUACAAUCAACAUGCGACUCAACAACAUGUCCAGCAAAUGCAAACGAAAGAUGUGCAGUUGGAGAUGCUGGAGUCAUUUAUGAAAAAGUUGAUAAAUCUGGAGCGCUCUGUAGAUAUAGAUCAUUCAAGAAGGCUUCCGAUGGAGGAAUAACGCUAAAGUUUGCGCAAUGUGAAGAAAAGAAACCCUUUAUUUGUAAAGUUGGAGACACAGAAAAUAUACAAUGUUCGUUUAACAUGGGCGAUACUGCAGGGAUGUCAGCAGAAACACAAGGUGCCAUUAUCGGCGUAGUAGUAGCAGUUGUUGUCAUAGUAGUACUUGUUAUGCUGAUACUACUUUUUCUUAGACACAGGAGGAAAUCUCAGAAUAAAUUUAGUGGAUAGUAGACUUGAUGAUGGUUUCAAUUCAUGACAUUUUAUUACUAAAUUGGAUAUUAUCAUCUGAUAUGUACCGAGUAUAAACUUAAGAACAAAAAAAAAAAGAAACAA